CGUAUAUUGAGGUUCGCCAUACAACAGCGUUCGUCGCAGCCGAUUUAGACAACCUCAACAUCAACGGUGAUGGAUGCUUUACUUUCUUGAAGACUCCACCAUCACACACCCUGCAUGCUUUCUUGCUCAUGAAUAUAUUCUCGCAUGCCCCCCUCGGACUCUUUCGAGUUUUGUAGUCUUUUUUGUCCUUGCAUAUUAUGCACUUUCGCGCAUUUACGGAUAGACCAUGACGGUGACAUCUCCGCCAGUCUCCCCUACGACGCCUUCUUCGCGAAAGCGCAGGUCGCUCAGACUAUCAAGUGUCGAUUCCCUUUCCCAUGAAACGAUUUCGACGAGUCCAUACACGAGCGGAACGACCAAUGGCACGGCCUAUUCCAGACGAUCGUCGCGCACCUCGCAGACAUCCUACCAGCCACGAUCUCCCAUGACGCCGCGACCCAUGUCGGCCAAAUCCUCGAGACCACCUUCACUUUCCAUACAGCGCAGGGCGAGCCGCACAAGCAUACACAGUGCUCGGAGUUUGGAACAAGGCGAGAACGGGCUCGGGAACCUGGCCGACGAGCUAGAACAAGCCUGGGACGACGGAGAAGAAGAAGAAGGCGAAUCGAAUUUCUUGGAAGGAUUGAGAGAAGGUGACGUGGAGCAAGAUCACUCCUUGCAUGGGCUUCAGAGUCCCUACGCCAUCAACGACAUGCACGACUUCGGCUUUGGCAUGGUGGUGCAGAGUCCGCAUCCGGCGCAGUACGACGGAGCCUCGCCGGCCUUGCAAGUACCGUCGUCGCAAGCCAUCGAACUGCGGUCACCUACACACCCGAAGAGAGGACACCAGAGACACGAGUCCGCCUACGAUGGCUCGGAUUACGGGCCCGAGUCAGACGCGGACGAAGAAGAAGAAGCGACGCUCUCGCCGAUUCUUCGAAAACGGAUUCACGACAUCCAGAAGUUGACCCGCAUGUGCGUGAACCCAGAGGACGCAGUGAGUGAAGGUGGUGGAACGAUCAAACGGACCGUCAAGGGGUUGAAAGAUCUCGGCCCGCAAGGAAACAUCGAGUACGGAGUCACGCGGUUGAUCACGGCGUAUGCGUCGAUGGCGUCGCAUCGCACCAACAAAACCCGGGACCUGUUCACGCAGAGCCACUCGCUCAUGUACGGAGGGAUCCUGCACCUCCCGGAAGAGAUGAUAGACGUCCUCCUGGAGGAGAUCAGGGAGCUCAACUCGACCUUGCCGUUCCUGCGCCCCCAGAAUCCGUUGCUCUCCUUGCAGAUCCUCGCCUCACAGACGGACGAGUUGAGCCAGACACUUCGCUCGCUCACAGACCUCCUGCAAGAGUCACGGCUGGCCGCCAACGCCGCCACGCGGAAACUCAAGUCUGUGCGCGAUAUGGUCGAGGACAUGAACGUCGAGGACGAGCUGGUGGAGAACAGCAUCAUGUUGAUUCAGGCGGGCGACUGGGAUCGGCGGUGUCGAACCCGUCAGGCCGCAAAGACGUGCCAGGAAGUUUGUGAGGGAUUCGCCGACCGAUGGGGUCUGACUAUGGAUGUGGACCUGACGGCGAAGAAGAAACCACCACCAUUACCAUCACCAGAAGUUUCGGUACCGUCGUGAGAUUACUGGUCGGUCGUUGUUUGUCCGUUAUUCGUGCGUUGUGGGUUUUUUGUUUCCUUUCUCCUUUUGAUGAGUAAUUAGAGCAUGGAGUACGAGUACGACUAAAGGACCCUUUUUUUUGUUCGUUGUGUGUUGGGAAUUCUACUCUUCUGUGUACUAAAGCAAGCAUUGGGGGGUUGAUGGAAGAGAAAGAAGGAGAGAAAAGAACGGGCAAAAAGACGUAUCGGUUUAGCAUUGGAGGCUGUUGCUUUCUUGUUAUUGGAGAGAGAACAAAAAGAGAAUAUACCUACAGUAACCUUUGACUCUAGAGGUGCCCUUUUGGUCCUGACAAAAGAAAGAUAUCGUAGUAUAUUUUAGGUCCUCAAUGGGAAAGUCGGUCUGUACACCUUGGAUAA